GGGGAUAGCUAAGGUGAAGUUGCGGUUCAAGGCUCUCAUCUUCACGAGAUCGCUAGCGUGCUUUCCGCGCCAAGAAUCUCGAAAACGCCCGCUCUCGAGGUGCAGCGCUCGACAUUGCAAGCUUCUGUAUCAGCUCGACGUCCACUCCCACUAGAACUUCGAUCUCUACCGGACCGUCGCGUAAUACACAUCCAUCAACAUGCCUCAAGCACAGCCCGAGUUGAAGAAGUACCUUGAGAAGCGCGUUCUCGUCCAGCUCAACGGCAGCCGCAAGGUGAUGGGCAUUCUUCGCGGUUACGAUGUUUACCUCAACAUCGUGCUGGACGACGCAUUAGAAGAGAAGGCUGGCGGCGAGAAGGUCCGCAUCGGCAUGGUCGUCAUCCGUGGAAACGCCGUCGUCAUGCUGGAAGCCCUCGAUCGUAUCAACCAGGACGUCCCCAAGAUCGGCCGGUAAACCUACAACACGCUGGAGCGCACCCUUCUCGCGCGGCAAUCGAGAUACGACCGAGGCGAAGGCGUGGCGCUGCUGCAUGAAAAGUCAAAGACGAGAGGCUGGGAAGAGUUCUGGUGGUAAACAGCAUGCAUGGCGUUCAGGCGAAAUACUUUAUGGGUAUGCCUCCCAGAAUCGAGCCUGGAGGAUCGGAAGGCACGUCGGACCUGCGUUGACAUAUAUCCCAUCUUAGGGCGGCACAAAUGAUACCACAUCGCACGAUCUUGAUUCAGUUGGUGGAUCUGGGUGCCAGAAAGAUCGUGUAGACAAAAAGUGGGAGUAGC